UGAAAAAAAUGUUCUAAAAAAAUUGCUAAAUUAAAAAAUUUGUUAAAUUGAAAAAUUUGUGAAAUUUAAAAAUUUGUUAAUUUAAGAAAUUGUGUUUAAAUUUAUUAAAAAAUGAAUCCCAUACAAGAAGAAUCAGAACAACGUGUUCCCCUCAUGUUAAAUUCUUUAAAAGAUAGUAAUUCCAAUAUACCUUAUGCCGAUGACAAUAAAUCCAAUGAUAAUUCUAAUGCACCCAGUCGUAAAGUCUCUUUAAGUAGUAGACGUAAUGUUGACUUAACGUUACAAAUAGAAAAUGAUUCGAUUAUUGUUAAUAGUACUGUAGAUUCCGGUAAUAAUUCACCUAAAACUGCCUCAGAUGAAUCGACGGCGUUGGAAACUCCACCACUACCUUUGCCGCGCGGUUUACGUCGUAAUUCGAUUUCAAUGCCUUCGGGCAUAAAUGCCAUAGAAGAUUUGGAAGCUUUAAGAUUGAAACAUCAAAUGCAAGAACAAGAACCAGUACCGGAGGAGGAUAAGAGUAAUAGUCGAACGGAUAGUGUUAUUGAUGAUAUUUCCGGUUCGGUUACAUUUAGUGUACCGGAAAAAAAUGUCACAACUAUUCAGUGUGAGAAACCCGAAGAGGAGGAGAGUGAUGAUGAAUUGGAAAUACAUGGUAAAAGAAGAGAUCGUUUUCGUACCCGACGAAGAGCCUCGAUAGCCCCCUUACCGGCCUUGCGUUUGAAUGACAAAGAAAUGUUGGCUAGUGAUUUCGAUGCAUACAGUUUGGCCAGCAAUCAAGCCUCUAUAACGAGUGUUAAUUCUUUGGCCAGUUUGUUGAGAGAGAAAAUGCAAUCUUUACCCACCAUGAUACGGAAAAAGAAACGUGAAACUAAAGAUUAUAAAAUUAAAAUCUUUGUGAUUUUAAUGUUUUUUAUGGUGAUAUUUUUGAUCGGCUUUGCCUAUGUCGGCUAUCAGCGUAAAGUCUUAACCUUCUCCUAUUUCGAUAAAAUCAAAUUCAACUCCAAAGAUCGUGUUCUAAGAAUUCUCAAUCAUGAUGAGGACGAAAUUAUCUCAGGACAGUUGGGUAAAAUGAUUAAUAUGGAUACAAAACCGUUUCAUUGUCUCGAAGAUAAACGUAAACAGGAUGGCAGUGUGUGUUUGGAAUGGCAUAACAUUGCCCGACUCUAUAUGAAUUUCCAUGAUAUGGAUGUAUUUCGUUGUUACACUUUCAAUUGGCAAGCAUUAAAUGAAGACAAUUUUCCCACCGAUUGUUAUGAGUUAAAGCGAAAUAAUGGUCUUUGGUUUGGUGGUGGCAUAACGCGUAAUAUGAAUUGGUCUUUAAGUGAAAGUGAUUUCGAUUUUGCUCCCUUUUCGAGUGGUGAUGUCAAGGUGCAUCAGUUUGGUAAUGGUAUUAAGAGAUAUUUUAUAAAUUCCAUUGGUGUAGCCAUACAAGUGAGUGAUAAUACGCCGCUGCAUAUAGCAGUUAAUAAGACCACCAAUGAAUUUUGUUUGAGAGCCAAAAAUGAUGAUUAUACUUUCGUUAAUAAAUUAUCGGACUUACCAGAGUUGAAUUAUAAAAUUUGCACCACGGAGGAUAUGAAAUCAUUGCACAUGUUAAUGACACAGCAGAGUUUAUGGGAUGGUUUGAAAGAAGCCGAUAUGAAAAUAUUACAUUCCUUGAUAGAGGAACCGGUUUGGCAAAUUCCUCAUCAACCAACGGUUGGUUCAUUUAAUGAAACCACUAUAUACAAUUAUUCCGAAGAUGUUAUAGGCAUGGGUUUUAUGCGUUUGGGUCAUAUAUUGAUUAAUGAAUUCUGGCAGGAGUAUAUAGGAGAUUUUACUGUAGAUCCCAGUAGAUUCCCCACCUUAAAAGACACCAUAGAUGUUUUGCAUCGUAGAGGUUUUAAAAUCGUAUUCAGUAUACAACCUUUCAUCAGUACUGACAGUGAUAAUUUCAAAGAGGCUGUACGCAAGAAGCUAUUGAUCUAUGAAAGACAUUCCGAGAGAAGUAUACCUGCCUUAACACGCUACAAGAGUUGUUCUAGUGCGGGAGUUUUAGAUAUAACCAAUAAUGCUACGGCGGUUUGGUUGAAGGAGAAAUUGCAGAAAUUGAAACAGGAAUAUAAAGUGGAUAGUUUCUAUUUGGAUUUGGGUACAGGCUUCAAUUUGCCUCAUUACUAUCAAUGCCGCCAGUCUUUGGAUAAUCCCGAUAUGUAUGCGAAAAUAUUUACCGAAAGUUUAGAGACUAUCGGUUUCAUUGGUGUCUCUACAGCCAGCACAGUUCCUAAACCUCCUGCAUUCCUAAGUACACCACCUAUAAACUCUUCCUGGGCCGGCUUAAAUGAAGUUAUGUCCACGGUUUUAAGUUAUGGCGUCAUAGGUUAUCCUUUCGUUUUACCCGGAGCUAUAGGUGGGGAUUAUGGUUUAAAUAGGACCAUGUCGAAAAUGUUAUCAUAUUAUUCUUUGGGUCAGCCUGCUUUACCCGAACAGGAUCUCUAUAUACGUUGGCUACAACUUAUGACCUUUAUGCCUUCCAUGCAAUUCAAUCAUUUGCCCUCCGAAUACAAAAGUGAUUAUAUGACCGAAAUCGCAAAAGAAUUGACUACAAUACGACAGAAAUAUGUUAUACCUUUGCUACUGAAAUAUUUAAGUGAAUCUAUGAAUGAGGGUUUGCCUUUGGUAAGACCUUUAUGGAUGUUAGAUCCACAUGAUCCGGCCUGUUUAAGUAUAAGCGAUGAAUUCUCGGUGGGUGAAGAAAUGAUUGUGGCUCCUAUACUGGAGCAGGACAGUGAGGAAAGAGAAGUUUAUCUUCCUCAAGGCGUUUGGAAGGAUGGCAUCGAUGGCUCUUUACGCAAAGGCAGCCGUUGGAUACACAAUUAUAAAGUGGCCAAAGAGAAAAUAGCAUAUUUUAUAAAAAUGCCCGAUAAUACUAGAUUUUAGAAAUUGUGAUACACAAAUUAAUUUAAUACUAAUUUUAAUUAUUAUUAUUGUUAACAAGAUUUAUCAUUACAAAGAAUGUAUUUAUAGUUCUGUAAGCUGUUAAUAAGUAGUUAAUUAUUAUUUGUAAAAUAAUUAUAAAAUAUUGUUGAUUUAAAGAAUUAAAUAUAUAAGUGAAAAUAUAA